UUUUCAGGUACAUUGGAGAUUUUCAGUAAGAGUAAUUUAUUCCGAACUUUAGACAUGAUGAAAUCCUGGUUUCCGGAGGAUUACGAUUUCUACCCACGAACCUGGUUCCUUCCACAACAACAGUAUCAGUUCAACGCUUCAUUUAAAUAUAUGACAGAUAAAAAGGCCAAACAUAAACCUACGUUUAUAGUGAAACCCAGUGAAGGUUCACAAGGGGAGGGAAUCUAUCUAUUACGCGACCCUUCGCAAUAUACCCAACAAGGGGUUCGUAAACAUGUGAUACAGGAAUACCUUACUGAUGUUUUGCUCAUUAACGAUUAUAAAUUUGAUCUUCGGGUGUACGUCGUUAUAAAAAGUAUAAAUCCUUUAGUUAUUUAUAUAUGUAAAGAAGGGCUAGCAAGAUUUUCUACUAUACCUUACGAACAACCCAACGCGAAAAAUAUCCAUGAAUCUUUCAUGCACUUGACGAACUAUUCGUUGAAUAAAAAAAGCAGCACGUUUGAUAAAUCUCAGAAAGAGAAUGAAGGAAGUAAAAGGAAGUUAACUCAAGUUUUUAAAGUGUUAGAGAAGAAAGGGUAUAAUUGUGAGAAACUCUGGAGUGAAAUAGAAUUAAUUGUCUGUAAAACUAUACUGGCUGUUAUUGGUGAUUUACAAGUGGAAUAUAAUUCUCAUAUACCUAACAGUAAAUCUGGUCCCUCUUGUUUUCAGAUAUUCGGGUUUGAUAUUUUGAUUUUAAAAGAUUUAAAGCCAAUGUUAUUAGAGGUCAACUCUAACCCCAGUUUACGUAUCGACUGUGAACAGGAAGUGUCUCCGGGAAUCAUGGGAUACGUUUUAUCACUGAAAGAUGAAGAAGUUAAACGUCCCUUAAUUCAAGAUACUCUUAUGUUGGUGGCGCCACCUCAGAAAUAUACUCAUAGUGAGGAAGCAGACGUGACCAAUGAAAAUGAAGAAUCAGAAGAAGCUAAUGAUAAUGAAGAAUCAAAUAUAACCAACGGUGAUUCUAAUGAACAAGGGAAUAAUGAGGAAUAUGAAGAAUCGUGUUUAAAAGAGAUUUUUCCCAGUAUUUAUGGAGCCGAGUGUCAACAUCUACAUAUAAUGGAAAUCCUGUCCAAUAUGUUCAUGUCGUGUCUUAGUGUCCGGGGCUCAUCUCGUCUGACAUCCUCAGCUUUUAGACUUUUUACAAGGAAAAGUAAGAUAAUAAGUAAAGGAAUAACCAAUGCUACAGUAGAUAUCAUUUAUAUUGAUGUACAGAGAAAGUGGGAACAUUUUAACCACGAUAAAACCACAGGUAACUGUUUAAACUUCAAUGGUUUUGUCGACGCCUGUCACGAAUUAGCCAAGAAGAAAUUUCCAUCAAACGAUAAACUUGAAAUGAUGCAGAACUUUAUUGAUUACUGUAAAGAGAAUAUUGAAGCGUUUAAUAAACGACAA